AAUCACAUUCUGACCUGAGUACACCACAAGCUAAUUCUCUGUGAUCAUUUAGAUCGCUGAUACUUUAAACACUGAAAGAUCUUUGGAGGAAUGAAUGCCAUGGACAACAUGACUGCUGACUACAGCCAAGACGACUACGACGAGGCAGUAAACAACUCAAUGUGUGACUUUGACGAGUGGGAACCGUCAUAUUCGCUGAUUCCUGUGCUCUACAUGCUCAUCUUCAUCCUGGGCCUCACUGGAAACGGUGUGGUCAUCUUCACCGUAUGGAGGGCCCAGUCCAAACGGAGAGCUGCGGACAUCUACAUUGGAAACCUGGCUCUUGCUGACCUGACCUUUGUGGUGACCCUGCCUCUGUGGGCCGUCUACACCGCCCUGGGAUACCACUGGCCCUUUGGCGUGGCCCUCUGCAAGAUCAGCAGCUACGUGGUGUUGCUCAACAUGUACGCCAGUGUCUUCUGCCUCACCUGCCUGAGCCUGGACCGCUACAUGGCCAUCGUUCACUCCCUCACCAGCACACAGCUGCGGACCAGAGGACACAUGCGGGCCUCGCUGGCCACCAUCUGGCUCCUCUCAGGUGUGCUGGCUGCACCCACCCUGCUGUUCCGCACCACGUUGUACGACGCCGAGACCAACCGUACCUCCUGCGCCAUGGACUUCAACCUGGUGGUGAGCAAACCAGGCCAAGAGCCCUUUUGGAUCUCCGGCCUCAGCAUCUCCUCCACCGCUCUUGGCUUUCUGAUCCCCCUUCUGGCCAUGAUGGUGUGCUACGGAUUCAUCGGCUGCACUGUCACACGUCACUUCAACAGCUUGCGCAAGGAGGACCAGCGCAAGCGUCGCCUGCUCAAGAUCAUCACCACAUUGGUGGUGGUGUUUGCUGCAUGCUGGAUGCCCUUCCACGUUGUGAAGACCAUGGAUGCCCUUUCGUACCUGAACCUGGCUCCUGACUCCUGCACCUUCCUGAACCUCCUUCUGCUGGCCCAUCCCUACGCAACCUGCCUGGCGUACGUCAACAGCUGCCUCAACCCGCUCCUCUACGCCUUCUUUGACCUCCGCUUCCGCUCCCUGUGUUAA